GCCUCUGGUUCUCAUUGGCCUCCCUCCUCUGCUAUGAGGGUCCUGUUCUCCAUCCUGGGGGUCCUCACCUUGUUAACCAUAGUUCCUCUGGCCAGGAGCUUCCUUGAGAAUCAGGACUGUUUUUCAAAGCACCGCCACUGCAGGAUGAAGUGCAAAGCUAAUGAAUACGCCAUCAGAUACUGCGAGGACUGGACCAUCUGCUGUCGGGCGAAGAAGAAGGAAUCCAAGAAGAAGAAGAUGUGGUGACAUGUUGACCUCUGUCUUCUUAGAUUCCAGGAGAAGGCACCGAAAGUAGAUACAAGUUCCUUGUCUACUUACGAAUAAAUGGUAUGACUAGUAACAGGAACUUCACGACAAUUUCAUGCUUAGAUGGUCACGUGCACAUAAAUACACGUCUUAUCAU